AAUAUGAAAUAUAAAGUGUAUAGUAAAAGUAAUCUAGUAGACUAGUAGUUAGAGUUGUUAAAAAAAAGACUAGUGUUUAGAGAGAGAAAAAAAAAGAUCGGUCCGUGCCAUAUAAUAUAGUUUCAGUAUAUAUACACAUAACAAACGGACUCAUUCAUCCACUUUCAUCAGAGCUCAGAAAAUCUAAAGGCACAAAUCACUUUCUCUCUAUUUUAAUUUUCCGGUUUUGUUUAUUAUGUCUACACGCUCACCAGUACCAACACUGUCAGAGCAAUAUCACCCUUUCGACGAUGGUGUUUACGACUGUGUGAAGAAAGUUAUUAUAGGAGAAGACACUCAGGGCAUCGCUUACAUCACAAUCCAGUACGUGAGAAACGGAGAUGUCGUGCAGCUAGAACAUGGAAGCGAAAGAGGAGCACAAAUCACUGAGACGGAGUUUGAAGUUAAGGACCCAGACGAAUACAUCACAUGCAUUGAGGGAACAUGUGGAGAAGCAAACUUUUGUGACAGCCCCAUCGCGCUGUGGACUGAAAAGUUUUAUCAUACGGUGUCAGAGAUUCAGUUCACGACAUCACACGGGAGAACAUCUCCGAAGAUUGGAUGUAAGCCUGAGGCUGACAGCUUCACGUUCAAGUUGAAGGGAAAAAAUGGAACGAAGCUUGUUGGGCUCCAUGGAAAAUCUGGACGUUUUCUCGAGGCUCUAAAAGCUUAUUUUGUCGUGGUUUCUUCUACUUUAAAGCAAUUAGAACCUCAAGGCCGCUCCGAUGGGCAUUCUUGGGAUGAUGGGGCUUAUGACGGUCUGAGAAAAGUGUGUAUCGGAGAAGAUGGUGGCCGUGUGAGCUCCGUUGAGUUUGUGUAUGCCAAAGGAAACGAAUGUAUAACUCAUUGUCACGGCAGACAUUCAAAUGAACGUAAACAGUUUGAGCUGCGGUAUGAAGAUGGUGAAUAUAUUAUAUCCUUUGAGGGAACUACAGAUAAAGAUGGUUACAUCUCGUCUUUAAUCUUCAACACAUCAAUGGAUAGAAGUUCAGAUGAAUUUGGAAAAGCGGUUGCUAACAACGAGUUCUUCCUCAAGCCAAGAGGGUUUCAUAAGCUUGUCGGUUUCCGAGGAAGGUCCUGCGUUGAUCGUAUCAAUGCUCUUGGGGCAAAUUUCGCUGUGGUGCUAGCUCCUCCGGUCAAGAAACUACAAGCACAAGGUACUAAUGACCAGGGGGAAGAGUGGGAUGAUGGGGUCCAUGACAAUGUUCGUAUGAUAACGGUAACAUACGUCUACGACUGUGUGGUAUCGGUCACGUUUGAAUAUGCCAAUGGAGCGGAGACUGUACUUGGAGACCCUCACGGGAUCUUGGAUGAUCGUCAUGAGAAAAAAGAGUUCAAGCUCUGUGAUAAUAAUGAAUACAUCACAUCCGUUGAAGGAUUCUUCGGUCAAAAGUGGAUCAGUACUCAAAGCGCAGGUGACGAGUUUAAAUCUAUAUACUAUAACAUGAAGAGGCUUGAUUUCAACACAAAUAUUAGAACAUAUUCAGUGAUGGAAAACAAUACACGUGACGGUUAUCUAGCCGUAGUACCGUUCAAGUUGGAGGAGAAAGGUCACAAAAUUGUUGGCUUCCGUGGCAAGUCUACAGAAUUUUCUCUCCAACAAAUUGGUGUUUAUGUUAAGCCAAUUGAUGACGCUAAUUAAGCUUUUAAUAUUUGCCUUGGUAGAAUAAUUACGGAAAAGCUAUAUAUGCUUAGACUCUCUUCUUCAACUAUCUACGUUCUCUCGUGAUUGUUGUUUUAACUCUGGUGCUUCCAGUAUUAUCCUUGACUAUGUUUUAAGGUUUUUAUGUUUGAAUAAAGAGGUAUGCUAUAUUUACUCUG